CCGCAGUGUGUUUGUGUUAUCUCUCCCUUCUGCCAGCCGUUUUUAUAUUUCUUUUACUUUAAAAUACUUUUUACGCGAUGUCGACGCAGGAACAGCCCGUCCUCGACUCGUCGCCAGUCCAACUUCCCCCAAUCUCGGAUUUUCCAACUCGACGCUCCCUAAAACGUUCUGCGUCUGUCGCGUCGCUUCCAACCCCACCACGCACUCGCCACAAACGCUCACGUGGGCAGAUACGCUCGCCCACGUCAAGACAUGUCGCUGAUGAGAGCGAUAGUAACAGCGACUGGGCAUCAAGUGAUAACAGCGCUUACGCCACACGCAUCACCCGCGUCAAGAGCAAAAGCAGUGGCGAUGAAGCCAGUCAGCCACUCGACGUCCCCGUGAAGCGCACGGCACUCGUUCUUUCUAGUCAUGACGACGAUGACGAAGAGGAGACGGCAUUUUGGAUGGGAGGAAAGCGUCAGGAUGGCGAAAAGGCCAAAAAGGAGUCAGAACAGGGCGAACCACUCGAGUCUUCUCCCCGUCCUGCGCUUCUACGCUACAACUUCAAAGGACCCGUAUCCCCUCCUCCAUCCCGCCGUCAACCUCGGGUUCCGCCGAAUCGUGCAACUUCCAUUGAACCACCCACAGCAGCUCCGUCGACACCCCCUCGCAAACUCUUCCUACGCGCCCCGCCCACCCUCGCUAAAACACCCACCCGGAAAACGAGGAAGACAUGGCCCAGGAAGUUGCCUACCCGUGACUCGCCUGAUAAUCCUUUCCUCAACAACGACACUGGUGUGCCAAACAAGAAGGGCCCCAGUGAAUGGGAUUGUUCUGACGACGAGGCACGCGAACUAGUCCUACCGAAACCUGUUUGCAAGGAGGGGGAGCCUACGCCCGUAUCAUCUUACGGGGAGAGGCCGACCAUCACAUACGUAUUUCGCGGCCAAAAGGCAACAAUGGCAAACCCAUUGUAUAGCGUUUCACCAGAUGCGGUGGCAGCAUCAAGGCUACCCAUCGAUCAUCCUGAUUACGAGCCGCUAGAGGUGUGCCCUCCCAAACGACUGUUUUUCUCAGGGGGAAAGCGCAAAACUAGGGAUAACAGUCGUGAUAGCAUCGGGUUUUCAGAAGGCGUUAAGCGAGUCAGGUCGCACGUGUCUGAUAGUGAUGGAGACAGUCCCCAAUCGGGAGGGGAAGAAACUAAGGUGGACAACAAGAUCGUCUUACCAAGCGACGAGGAUCGUGAACCUGUUUUCUCAAAACCUCCCCGUGAACCCUCCCAGCACCGGCCAGAUCCCGAACAGGAAUCAGAUGCAAGAGAGGCCCUGCGCCGAGCUCGUGAAGAGCGCGAGCGCAGAGUUAGAGCUGACAAGGAGCGUCUCGGCCAUUCGGAAGGUUUGCGCGCUGGCGCGGUCGUCACACAGAGGGACGAUCCCAUCAGACGGGCCUGUGGCCCGCCCCGCAACGCUUGAUGCUACGGAGCUUAGUCCCUUCCCAUCUGCCCGUUCGUUUUAUAAACCAUUUUCAUCUCUUUCUUGUCUCAGGGACCUUGUUGAUUCUGCGAUACCUUUGUAUUCCUCGUCGUUUUGGUUCUUUCUCGACGAUGUCUCUAUCCUCGUUGUGCCACUUCUUCACACAGCCAUCUUUCCCCCCUACGCUCCGUUCCUACAUAGCACAUAUACACAUAUCCAUACAUCCCCGCGACACCUCCACUUGCACACAUUCCCCUCCCCCUCCCCCACAUGUCACGUUUUUCUUAGUCCCCUAUCUUAUCCUAUGCUCAAUUCAAAUCCGUAAGUACGCAUUGUCCCUCGUUCGUUUUAUAUUCCAAGUAACGUAUAUGUGUAGUACGUGAUCGAUGCUACCUGGUUUCGUAGCUGUAGGGCUCUCGAGACGGGUAAUAUAGAAACAUUAGAAUUUCUGUAAUGAGUCUAGCGACUAUGUCAG